UUUUCUAAUUUUCCAUAGCGAUAUAUAACUAAUUAUAAAAUGCUAAAAUUGCGACAUGUACAAACUUUUAACAGAAUUAUAAAAGUUGUACACGUAUCAGUGGCUCAACAAGUUUUACCUGUUCAUCAAAAUAGCACUGACUUAGCAAAUACACCAUGUUUCCACUUAUUACCAGCAUACCGACUAAUGCAUACAAACCAGGUGCUACAGAAAUAUAAUAAAAGCACAAGACGACAGGAUGACGAUGAGGACAGUGAUGAUGGGAAUGGUAUUGAAUUUAAGGACGAACGUGAUUCCAAAGUUUUGAAGACCAGUGUAAAUUCUUUAAGAGCUGAUUUAUUAUUGAAGGCUGGUUUGGGAAUGGCUAGAAAUAAAGUAGAAACAAUUUUCUACGAAAGCAAAGUACGUGUAAAUGGAAAAAAGCUGAAUAAGAAAAGUGUACAGCUCAAUGUCGGGGACGAAAUUGAUGUAGUGCGUGGUUUUAGCCAAACAAACCCCACACAUUUGGUUGUUUCCCGGGUUAUUAUUCUCGACGUUGACGAACGUGAUGAAGGAUAUAGCGUGCAGUUGAGGCGCUGCAAGUCUUUGCUUAUAGAAAAUUAUACCGGUACAAAUGCUUUCAAAUCCUCCGAAAGUGUACAGCAUUGACGUAAAUAAAUUAUUUUUAAAACGUUAUUUUAAGUAAUAAGUAAAUUGAAAUUUUGGCCACUACAUCCUCAUUUGUGAUUUAGUUGAAUAUUGUAAUAGAUUAAUUUUCUUAGUAAAUUAAUUUAAACAUUUGCAAUGAA